AUGAUGAUGACGGGUGACAGUAGCGGUGGUGGUAGUGGCAGUGGUGGCACUGUAUUAUCAACAAAGCGCAAGCGGCCUAAUGCAGGCAAGUCUGCUAGCAUAGACGGUGCUGCUAACCAAGACAAUGGAGAUCACGACGAUCCAGUGGAUGUCGAGAACCCAAGGAAGAAACCCAAACACUCACGUCCUUCUAAGUCUGGUUCUGCUCGCGCUCCUACUGCUCCUAGCAAUGGUGCUACAACUGUUGGCAGAAUGACCAGAUCAACCAGGUCUGCCCCUUCCAAGCCCAACACUGCCGCUUCUAAGUACAAGUCUGUCAGUUCUAGGUCUAAGGGGAAGGGGAAGGCUAAAGCGCCUCUGAGCAGUAUGACUGUUGACCCUGAGGAUGACGACAAGGACGAGGAUGGUGGCCAGGCCUCAGAAUAUCAGAAAAAUUAA